AUGAUCCUAGAUUGGAACAAAGAUCUGAUCAAGCAAGCGGACCGAUCCAAAGGGAGCACGCCUCUCCACGUGGCGGCCUCGUGGGGCUACCACGACGUCAUCAGCUUGCUGCUCCGCGACGACCCCUCGGCGGCGUACCGGCCGGACCACGACGGCUCGUUCCCGAUCCAUGUCGCGGCCGUCGACGGCCAAGUCAAGGCUGUCAAAGUCCUGCUCCAGCUCGACAGGCGCAAAGAUCGAAACCCGGCGGCGCGCUGCGCCGGGCUGCGCGACGCCCGCGGCCGGAGCUUCCUCCACGUCGCCGUCGCCGAGGGCUGCCAGUCCGUCGUCGCGUACGCCUGCAAGCUGGGGAAGCUCGAGCCGGCGGUCAUGAACAUGCAGGACGACGACGGCAACACGGCGCUGCACCUCGCCGUGCAGGCCAGCAACCUGUGGAUAUUCAACCUCCUCAUGGAGUGGCGCCGACUGGAGCUGAACUUGACGAACAACAAGGGCGAAACCCCGUGUGAUGUUGCUUGGAUCAAGAAACCAAUUGGUCUCUACUUCCGAUUGAGUCCACGGGUGAAGAUAUACAAUUUGCUGAAAGCGGCAGGCGGCGAGUUCGGGAAUCACCGAUGGGAUCACUUCCAGAGACAGCACAGCUCGACGCUUGACGAGGAGGCAGAGGCGAAGAAGCUCAGCGAGUCGACGCAAACCAUCGGCAUCGGCUCGGUGCUGAUCGCGACGGUGGCGUUCGCCGCGGCGUUCGCGCCGCCGGGCGACUACGGCGACGACGGCGCGCCUAACCUGGCCAAGCACUACGCCUUCGGCGUGUUCAUCAUCGCCGACACGCUGGCGUUCAUCUGCGCGGGGCUGUCCAUCAUCAGCCUCAUGUACGCCGGGGUGGCCGCCGUCGACCUCCACACCCGCAUGUCCUCCUUCGUCUUCUCCGCCGUGUUCAUGGCGUCCUCGGCCAGGAGCCUCGGCGUGGCGUUCGCGUUCGGGAUCUACGUCAUGCUGGCGCCCGUCGCGAGGACGACGGCCAUCGCUGCCUGCGUCGUCACGGGGCUCGCGCUGGUCGACGUCGCUUUCUUCGUCUGGGUGGUGGCCACCGGCGAGGUGAUGCUGCUCAAGAGGCUCGGCGUUCUUCGGGCGUGGUGGCGGCUGCCAUCGGCGAUCCUGGGCAUCUUGCUGAUGCAGUUCUGGCCAUACAUUGUCAUCGUUGUCGUGGUGUUGUACUCCAAGAUGAAAGGAGUUCAUUGAAUUGAACUUCAAUUCUAACGAGUUAUUAGAGCCAUAAUAACAAGAGACUUUUUAUAUUGUUUAUAUUCCUAAAUGAGUAAAGUACA